AUGUCUAAUGAUUAUGAAAAAAAGAGAUCUGCCUUAACAGUAUCUACAGCUUCUAUUGAUGCAUAUUCAGAUGAGUUGAAAAGAAUUGAAAAUAAAAUUGAUGUAUAGUCUAUGAAAGGAUGGAUGAAAAAGAAAAGUCCUGCACUCUUGAAAGGUUGGCAAAAGCGUUACUUUAUGCUUAUUGAAAAUUUAUAAGAAGGACUUUGGAAAUUAGUUUAUUUUGAUAAUGAUGUAAGAAAAAUAAUCUGAGUUUAGAAAACUGACACUAAACCUAAUGGUGCUUUUGAUUUAUCUACAAUUACAUCUAUUAAUUAGAUCUCCAAAAAAGAAUUCACUAUUUAAUUUCCUGGUCGAAAUCUAGAAUUAAAAGUCAAAACUCCAGAAUUGUGUCAAUAAUGGAUUACCACUCUAAAUAGUUUAAGAACAUCAACUUCACCUCAGAGAACAAAGAGAUAAGUCAGUAUGGAUUCUGUUGUCAAGAUGGCUGAUGAAAGUCCAACUAAGAGUAUGAUUUUUCAUUAUUUUGUAGUCCAAAACCAUAAGAUUGUAGAUACAUAUACAGCUUAAUAGGCUUAAGUUUAUAAGGAGAGGCAAAGAAAUUCAUUACUUAUAGACUUAUCUAAGGGAGAUAAAAAGAGUAAGGAAAAACAAGAUAUUUCUUAAUUAUCAAAUGAUAAGAUGAUAGAACUAGUAGGUUUGAAAGAAUUCAUAAAAAAUAUGAAUGAGUAAUUUAUUUAUUAACGAAUGAUAUAUGGUUAUUUGGGUAAAAGAAGCAAAGGAAAAGUAAAAUACUUUUAAAAACGUUGGUUUAUACUUGUAUCAGCUAAACCAUUGGUAUUAUUAAUUUAAAACCAUAGUAUUCUGAUUAUAAUGAUGAAAAGAUAUUAAAUGAAUCACAAUUACCUCCUUGGUUAGAAUUAGAUACUAUAACAUAUUUCAAAUAAAAAGAAGAUGGGAAAUCACCAAAAGCCAAAGGAGAUGUUAAAAUGUUAGAUUGUUAAGAAAUCAUAAUAAAAAAUAUGUCUAAAUCAAAGGAAAGUGGUUACACUUUUAAAUUAAAUAUGGGAGAUAGAUUAUAUCAUCUAAUGGCUGAUACUGAAUUAGAACGUACUAAAUGGUAAUCUGCCUUAAGUGCAUCUAUCAGAAUAACAAAAGAAAUUAAUAAUCCAUUAAAAAUAAAAAUAAAAAAGAAUAUUGAUCCAUUAAUACAAUUAUAUGAUGAAGAAACUCAUUUAAUAGCAAGGAGAGAAAAGAUUCGAAUAAAAUUAGAAUAAGAUAUGGCAGCCAUCUUAACAGAAGAGGAUGUUGAUCUUAAUACAUUAAUUAAAUAAUUGACUGAUUUAAGAUAAGAUAUGUUAGAAUCAAUGUAAGCUAGUAUUGUUAAAGAUCCUUAAAGAAAAGAUAUUGUAAAAGAAUAUACAGACAUAUAUCAUGAAAAAAUAUGUAAUAGAAUUACAAAGUUUUGGGAUUAAUCUUAUAUGAAAUUACAAGUAAUUUAUAAUUUAAUAUUAUAUCUAGUCUCCAGAAUUACUACUUAUAGCAUAAUGGUUACAUGAUUAUUUAUUACAGAUGAAGGAUUUCUUUAAUGAUGAUCGUAUACUUUUAGGAGUUGGAGUUUUAUUAAAUAUAUAUGUGAAUAGAUCACUUGAAAGUUUGGAAUCAGUUAUUUAUUAAAUAAUUGAAUAGGAAAGAAUACAAGAACCUAUUUUGAAUGAUUAAGAAUAAUUGGUUACUUAAACUCCUAUUGAUUUGUUUAAAAUAAUAAACGAAGGAUUUGAUAUGGCAUAUAAAUUAUGUUAAUGUAAAGAAACAGUACUUAGAUUUGGAGGUUUUGGCAAAGUUAUUUUAUAAUAGUAUUAAGGAGGGAUAUAAGAAAUAAUUGAUGAAUAUUAACUCUCUGUUUCUAAAUUAGUAGCUAUAUGUAAUAAUACUUUAUCUUUACAUGAUAAUACUAAACAAUUUGCUAAAAGACUAUAAUCUUUUGGCAAUUUAAAUGAUGAAGAAAUUGAAAAAGUAUUUGAUGGUUAAAAAAUAACUAAGAAUUUUGUUUAAAUAGCUACUAAUUGUAGAGAAAGAAUAUUCAUUAUUUAUUUCAAUCGUGUAGGCACUUAUUUUAAAAAAUCUUAUCUCGAAAUCAAAAUUAUAGAUACUCUAAAAUCAAUAAUUGAGCCAGCCACUUAAACAUUAUCAUAGUUACAUGAUAGUUUUAGUAGGAAACUGUGGAAAUAACUUAUUGAUUCAAUAAUUCUAUACUAUUUUAAUUAAUUUAUUAUAUCUUGUAGUAAAGCUAAAAAGGAAUAAUAGAAUGAAUUUAUAAGAAAAUUAGAAAAUGAUAAAGAUAUUUUAUUCUAAGAAUUAGAAACAUUUAUAUUUUAAAAAUAAUUGUAAACAACACUUAAACCUUUUGAUGAUAUGAUAUCAUUUUUAAAUGAAGAAUCUCUAAGUAUUUUAGAUCCUUGUAAAAGUUUACGAUAGUAUUUCGGUAAAGCAUUUUCAGAAAAAACAAUUAAAUCUAUUAUGAGCUUAAGAUUUGAUUUAGAUAAAGAAAAAAAGAAAGACACUAUUGAAAUUUGUAAGAAUCUAAUUGAUGAUAUCAAUAAAACUUAACCUGUAGAAGAUGAAAGUGUUAGAAUUAUGGAUUUUUUAGGUUAAGAAGAUGAAGAAUAAGAAGCUGAUUAAUAAUAACAAUAAAUAUUAAGAAGAGCAGAUAUAAAGUUAGAUUUUAAUUAUAAUGAAAUACAAUAAGUAAAUAUAUAUAUAUUUUAUAAUUUUAGAUUCCUUAACAAUAAUAAUAAAGAAACUCAAUUGAAAAGGAAGAAUAUAUAGAUGAAGGUUAUUUAUAUAAGAAGAAACCAAAAUCAAAAGCUUGGGAUUAUAGAUAUAUUAGAAUUAGAAAAGGGUUUAUGUAUUGGUAUAUUAAUUCCAAUUCAAGAGAGGCAUAAAAUAAAAUCAAUUUAUAAAAUGUAGAUGAAAUUAUUUCAAAUCCUAAAAAACCUACUAAUUUUAAGAUCUAAUUAGAAGAUUCUAAAAUAUAUAAGUUUAAAACAUAAACAAAAGAGGAAUGUGAUUAGUGGAUUAAGACUAUUUUAAAAGAACAAAAUCAAGCUGAAAUUGCAGUAAUUACAAUAGAAGCAAUUGUAAAUAAUAAUUAUAUUAUUAUUAGUAAAUUGGUAAUGGAAAAUUGCCUAUUAUAAAAGAUUAUGAUGAAAUUGUAAGGAAAGAAAGAUAAAGAUAGAAAUAAGAAGAAAGAAAGAGAAAAAGAAUUGAAAAAGAAAAUGAGUAGAAUUAUAUUUUAUAUUUAGAUUAAAAAAAAAGUAAAUGGAAUUGAAAUAGUUAUAAUAAUAGUAAUUGAAAGAAUUAGGAAAUAAACCAUAACCUCACUAAGUUGAUGUAUUUGAAUAACAAGGAGAAUAUGUAUAAAUUUAUAAAUAUUAUAGACUGAUAACACUAAAAAGACUACUUCUUGUUGGACUUCAUUUUUGAUAGCUUUAGGAGUUGAAAGACCUAAAUGA